AUGAACCCUCCUCGGCCCCCCUACGGGGGCCCAGGGGGCCCCCCAGUAGGAGGCCCCCCCCCGCCUGGCCAUCCACACGCCUAUGUGCAGCCUCCUCCGGGGUAUAUGGCCGUUAGGCCCCCGAAUCAGGGGCCCCCAGUCAUGCCUCCUCCGGGGUAUGUGGCGUCGCGACCUCCUCCUCUCCUCCCCGCUCCAUCUCCUGUUGCGAAUCAGAGAGGCACGCCUCCUGUUCCGGCGUGGAUGCAGCAGGGGCCCCUCCCCGUCGGUCCCCCCUCACAGCCUUUCACGUAUAGGCCUCCCUAUGCGCUUCAGCCGCAGUCCCCUGCAGCAGCACAACCGCCACUGCAGCCGCAGAAGGUGAAGGCGAAGACUCACGAGGAGUUGUUGCAGGAGAAAGCUCGCAAGUGGCAACAGCUGACAACGAAGCGCUAUUCCUCGCGUCAGCAACCCGGCUCGACCUUCAUGGAAAAGGAGCCAAUGCCUCCAGAGCAUCUGCGCAAGUUGGUGAAGGAUCAUGGCGAUAUGAGUAGUCGAAAAUUCAGACACGACCGUAGGGUGUAUCUGGGAGCCUUGAAAUUCCUGCCGCAUGCGGUGUACAAGCUUCUGGAGAAUAUGCCGAUGCCGUGGGAGCAGGCGCGAAACGUCCCAGUGCUUUACCACACGACAGGGGCCAUUACGUUUGUGGCGGAGACCCCCUUUGUGAUUGAGCCUGUGUAUCUCGCUCAAUGGGGUUCCGUGUGGAUUUUGAUGCGAAGGGAGAAGCGAGACAGAAGGCACUUCAAGCGCAUGCGUUUCCCUCCUUUUGAUGACGAAGAGCCCCCGCUGGACUACGGGGAGAACGUCCUAGCCGUCGAGCCGCUCGAGGCCAUUCGGAUGCAGCUCGAUGAAGAAGAAGAUGCUGCAGUUGCAGACUGGUUCUACUCUAGCAAGCCUCUCCAGUACGAGCGCAGACACGUGCCGGGACCAAGUUAUCGGCGAUGGAAGCUCGAGGUGCAGCAGCUGGCUGUGCUGCAACGUCUGGCUCACCAGCUGCUGUCUGACCUGCAAGACAGCAAUUACUUUUACUUGUUCAACUUGGAAUCCUUCUGCACUGCGAAAGCCUUGAACCUCGCGAUUCCUGGAGGCCCCAAGUUUGAGCCCUUGUUCAGAGACAUGCAAGAAGAGGACGAGGACUGGAACGAGUUUAACGACGUUUCCAAAAUCAUCAUUCGGCAGCAGAUUCGCACAGAAUACAAGAUCGCUUUUCCUCAUCUGUACAACAACAGACCCAGAUGCGUUGCGCUGCCUCCGUAUCACACGCCAGCCGUGGCGUUCGUGAGACCUGAGGAUCCAGAUCUUCCCGCCUUUUACUUCGAUCCCAUCAUCAACCCUUUGCCCGCCUACAAGAUGAGCGCCAACACAGACGCCCUUGUUGACCCGUCGCUGGUGGAGGGGUUCAGCCUUCCCUCUUCGUUGCGGCCCUUCCUUGAGGAGAGCCCCCUGUGUACAGACACCACAGCGGCAGGGAUUUCUCUGUACUGGGCGUGCCGGCCGUUCAAUUUGCGGGCGGGGCGCAUGCGGAGGGCCCAAGAUAUUCCACUGGUUCAAACGUGGUUCAGGGAGCAUGCUCCGCAGAACUAUCCAGUGAAAGUCCGAGUGUCUUACCAGAAGCUGUUGAAGUGUUGGGUGCUGUGUCACCUGCACUCGCGUCCCCCCAAAUCCCUAAAGAAAAGAAACCUCUUCAAGGUAUUUAAGGCCACGAAGUUCUUCCAAACGACGGAGAUCGACUGGGUGGAAGCAGGGCUUCAGGUGUCUAGGCAGGGUUACAACAUGCUCAACUUGCUGAUCCACCGCAAAAAUCUGAACUACCUCCAUCUAGACUACAAUUUCAACUUGAAACCGGUGAAGACGCUGACGACCAAGGAAAGGAAGAAGUCUCGCUUCGGGAACGCCUUCCAUCUGUGCAGAGAGAUCUUGCGUCUUACCAAGCUGACGGUCGAUUCUCAUGUGCAGUUCAGACUGGGCAAUGUGGAUGCCUUCCAGCUCGCUGAUGGGCUGCAGUACAUCUUCGCGCACGUGGGCCAGCUUACCGGCAUGUACAGAUACAAGUACCGCCUGAUGCGGCAGGUGCGCAUGUGCAAGGAUCUGAAGCACUUGAUCUACUACCGCUUCAACACGGGGCCUGUGGGGAAAGGCCCCGGCUGUGGCUUCUGGGCACCCGGUUGGCGUGUCUGGCUGUUCUUCUUGCGCGGAGUGCUACCGCUGCUCGAGCGUUGGCUGGGGAAUCUGUUGGCGCGUCAGUUCGAGGGGCGUGUUUCUAAGGGAACUGCGAAGACCGUCACAAAGCAAAGGGUAGAGUCGCACUUCGACCUCGAGCUUAGGGCUGCCGUCAUGCACGACAUCUUAGACCUCAUGCCAGAGGGCGUUAAGGCGUCAAAGGCCAGAACCAUCCUACAGCAUUUAUCCGAGGCCUGGAGAUGCUGGAAGGCAAAUAUCCCAUGGAAGGUUCCGGGGCUGCCAGCGCCUAUUGAGAACAUGAUUUUGCGAUAUGUGAAGAUGAAGGCUGACUGGUGGACAAACGCGGCCUACUACAACAGAGAACGUAUUCGCAGAGGGGCAACGGUUGACAAGACUGUCUGCAGGAAGAAUUUGGGUCGCCUCACGCGUCUGUGGCUCAAGGCGGAACAGGAGCGGCAGCAUGCGUAUCUUAAGGACGGCCCUUACAUUACGGGAGAGGAGGCCGUUGCCAUAUACACGACGGCCGUGCAUUGGCUGGAGUCUCGCAGGUUUACCCACAUUCCCUUCCCUCCACUGAACUACAAGCACGAUACGAAGCUGCUGAUCCUUGCUCUGGAGCGGCUGAAGGAGUUUUACUCCGUGAAGUCGAGGUUGAAUCAGACUCAGCGAGAGGAACUGGGUCUUAUCGAGCAGGCGUACGACAACCCCCAUGAGGCUUUGUCGCGCAUCAAGCGGCACUUGCUCACGCAGAGAGCCUUCAAGGAGCUGCGUCUGGAGUUCAUGGAUCUCUACUCCCACCUGAUCCCCAUCUACGAGAUCGACCCUCUAGAAAAAAUCACGGAUGCGUAUCUUGACCAGUACCUCUGGUACGAAGGGGAUGCAAGACACCUCUUCCCGUCAUGGGUCAAGCCCGCCGAUGCGGAGCCGCCCCCGCUCUUGGUAUUCAAAUUCUGUCAAGGCAUCAACAAUCUGACCGACGUAUGGACCACGAGUGACGGAGAAAGCGUCGUCCUUCUCGAAAGCAAGUUCGAGAAAGUGUACGAGAAGAUCGACUUGACACUGCUGAAUCGGCUGCUACGUCUGAUCGUGGACCACAACAUUGCAGAUUACAUCACGGCCAAAAACAACGUCAGCGUGAGCUUCAAGGAUAUGUCUCACGUGAACUCGUUCGGGCUCAUCCGCGGGCUCCAAUUCUCGUCCUUCGUCUUCCAGUACUACGGUCUUAUGCUGGAUCUUCUUCUCCUUGGGCUGACGAGAGCCACGGAAAUUGCGGGGCCUCCCACCCUCCCUAACGAGUUUUUGUCGUUCACAGACGUGCAAACCGAAACGCGACAUCCCAUUCGGCUGUAUUGCAGGUACAUCGAUCGGUUCUGGGUCGUCUUCAAGUUCAACAAGGAAGAGAGCAGAGACCUCGUGCAAAGAUAUCUGACGGAAAAUCCGGAUCCAAACAACGAAAACGUUGUUGGAUAUCCCAACAAAACGUGUUGGCCUCGGGACUGCAGGAUGCGCCGGAUGAAGCGCGACGUCAACUUGGGUCGAGCUGUCUUCUGGGAGAUCUCGAAUCGCUUGCCGCGCUCUCUCGCAACGCUGAACUGGUCUUCGUCUUUCGCGUCGGUGUAUUCUGUGGACAAUCCAAACUUGCUCUUCUCAAUGGCAGGCUUUGAGUGCCGUAUUCUACCGAAAAUUCGCAUGCAAACGGAGGAGUUCUCCCAGAGGGAGGGUGUAUGGAAGCUGCAGAAUGAGGCGACGAAGGAGAUGGCAGCCCAGGCCUUUUUGAAGGUUGGUGAUGACGGGAUGCGCCGCUUCGAGAACAGAGUGCGCAUGGUUCUAAUGUCCAGUGGUGCCACAACGUUCACGAAGAUUGCAAACAAGUGGAAUACUACGCUAAUCUCCUUGAUGACGUACUUCAGGGAGGCGGUCAUUCAUACGGAGGCCCUCCUGGACCUGCUGGUAAAGUGUGAGAACAAGAUACAGACACGUAUAAAGAUCGGUCUCAAUUCGAAGAUGCCUUCGCGUUUCCCCCCCGUGGUGUUUUACACCCCUAAAGAACUGGGGGGUCUCGGGAUGCUGUCGAUGGGCCACAUCCUUAUUCCGCAGUCCGACCUGCGGUACAGCCAGCAGACGGAUACUGGUAUCACACACUUUAGGUCGGGCAUGAGCCACGAAGAGGAUCAGCUUAUUCCUAACUUGUACCGGUAUAUUCAGACGUGGGAGAGUGAGUUCAUCGAAUCGCAGCGCGUUUGGGCGGAGUACGCGCUCAAGCGUGGCGAGGCAGCUGCGCAGAACAGAAGACUGACCCUCGAGGAUUUGGAAGACAGCUGGGACAGAGGAAUUCCAAGGAUUAAUACUCUGUUUCAGAAGGACAGACACACCCUCGCGUACGACAAGGGAUGGCGCGUUCGAGAGGACUUUAGGCAGUACCAACAGCUUAAGGCCCAUCCUUUCUGGUGGACACAUCAGCGCCAUGAUGGCAAACUAUGGAACCUUACCAACUACAGGACGGACAUGAUUCAGGCUCUGGGAGGCGUGGAAGGCAUUCUAGAGCACACGCUAUUCAAGGGCACUUACUUCCCCACAUGGGAAGGUCUCUUCUGGGAGAAAGCAUCCGGGUUCGAGGAGAGCAUGAAGUACAAGAAACUGACAAAUGCGCAGAGAUCCGGUUUGAAUCAGAUUCCCAAUCGGCGCUUCACGCUCUGGUGGUCUCCUACCAUUAACAGAGCGAAUGUCUACGUUGGUUUCCAGGUGCAACUGGAUUUGACGGGUAUCUUCAUGCACGGAAAGAUCCCGACGCUGAAAAUUUCGUUAAUUCAGAUUUUCAGGGCUCACUUGUGGCAGAAGGUUCAUGAAUCCCUCGUGAUGGACUUGUGCCAGGUGUUUGACAUGGAAUUGGAUUCUCUGGAAGUGGAGAUGGUGCAAAAGGAAACGAUCCAUCCCCGAAAGUCUUACAAGAUGAACUCUUCUUGCGCUGACAUCUUGUUAUUCGCCUCAUACAAGUGGCCUAUCUCGAAGCCUUCGCUUCUUGCUGAAAGCAAAGACAUCAUGGAGGGGGCAACUGCGACCAAGCACUGGCUUGACGUGCAGCUGCGGUGGGGGGAUUACGACAGCCACGAUAUCGAGCGUUACUGCCGUUCCAAGUUCCUUGACUACACUACGGAUAAUAUGUCCAUUUACCCGUCUCCUUCCGGGGUCCUCGUGGGCCUAGACCUUGCGUAUAAUCUGCAUUCUGCUUUCGGGAACUGGAUUCCGGGACUUAAGCCUCUCAUGCAAAGAGCCAUGAACAAAAUUAUGAAAGCGAACCCUGCGCUGUACGUGCUGCGUGAGAGGAUUCGGAAAGGGUUGCAGUUGUACUCUUCCGAGCCGACGGAGCCGUAUCUGAAUUCCCAGAACUAUGGGGAGCUGUUUUCUAAUCAAACGGUUUGGUUCAUCGACGACACCAACGUGUACAGAGUGACAAUCCACAAGACAUUCGAGGGAAAUCUCACGACGAAACCUGUGAAUGGCGUCAUUUUUAUCUUCAAUCCUAGGACAGGCCAGUUGUUCUUGAAGAUUAUUCACACGUCCGUGUGGGCAGGUCAGAAGCGUCUGACGCAGCUGGCUCGUUGGAAGACAGCAGAGGAGGUUGCGGCGUUGAUUCGUUCUCUGCCUGUUGAGGAGCAGCCCAAACAAAUUAUUGCCACUCGAAAAGGCAUGCUGGAUCCUCUUGAGGUGCAUUUGCUGGAUUUCCCCAAUAUUGUAAUCAAGGGCAGCGAGUUGAACCUUCCGUUCCAGGCCUUGAUGAAAAUCGAAAAAUUCGGGGAUAUGAUUCUGCGAGCUACGCAACCGGAAAUGGUAUUGUUCAACCUCUUUGACGAUUGGCUCAAGUCCAUCUCUGCAUACACCGCGUUCUCUAGGAUGUUGCUCUUGCUUAGAGCCCUGCAGGUGAGCACCGAGAGAACGAAGAUUAUCCUCAAACCCAACAAGGCCACAAUUACCCAACCUCACCACAUCUGGCCCACUCUGACGGACGAGGAGUGGAUCCACGUGGAAGUUACGCUCAAGGAUCUCAUUCUGGCGGACUACGCGAAGAAAAACAAUGUGAACGUUGCAUCGCUGACGCAGUCCGAAAUCAGAGAUAUUAUCUUGGGUAUGGAAAUCACGCCGCCGUCCAUUCAGAGGCAGCAGAUUGCCGAAAUCGAGACGCAGGCCAGGGAGCAGCAGCAGGUAACGGCCACCACAACAAGAAGUGUCAACAUUCAUGGCGAAGAGAUGAUUGUUGCUACCCAGUCGCCGCACGAGCAGCAAGUCUUCGCGUCAAAGACUGACUGGCGAGUGAGGGCCAUUUCGGCCGCCUCGCUGCACCUGAGAACACAACACAUAUACGUCAACAGCGAAGACAUCUCUGACGCAGGCUGCACGUACAUCAUGCCGAAGAAUCUCCUCAAGAAGUUCAUUUGCAUCGCAGACCUCAGGACACAGGUGGCGGCUUACCUCUACGGAUGCUCGCCCCCUGACAACAACCAAGUGAAGGAGAUCAAGUGUCUGGUCUUGCCGCCUCAGGUUGGCAGCCAUCAGGGCGUCUCCCUCCCCUCGCAGUUGCCGUCUCAUCCCUACAUCGCAGAUCUGGAGCCGCUCGGAUGGAUCCACACGCAGCCGAACGAGAAUCCUCAGUUGCUGCCUCAAGAUGCGACAAUGCAUGCAAAGAUUCUAAACGAAAACAAGACAUGGGACGCGAGCACCGCAGUCGUUAUUACCUGCGCCUUCACCCCUGGCAGUUGCUCCCUUACUGCCUAUAGACUUACUCCCCAGGGAUACCAGUGGGGGAAAGCGAACAAGGAUGCAGGUGCAAAUCCAGCGGGAUACUUGCCUGGCCACGCGGAGCGAGUGCAAAUGCUGUUGUCUGAUGUCUUUUUGGGAUUCUUUUUGGUGCCAGCGGAAGGUGGCGGCUUGUGGAACUACAACUUCAUGGGAGUGAAGCAUUCCCCCGCCAUGAAGUACAAUCUGCUGUUGGACACCCCCAAGGAGUAUUACCACGAGGCGCAUCGGCCUGCACACUUCUUGCAGUUCACGCAGUUGGAUCAACAAGAAGCAGAAGCAGGGGAAAGGGAGGAUCUGUUUGCCUAG